AUGGCCUUGAAACCCGAGGACCCCAGUAAUGGGUUCCAGCAUGACAUGGUGGUGGCCUUCAUCAACGAGAGGAUGAGCAGGCACGAGAAAGGCUCUGCGUUCUAUCUCAAGAAUAUACACUUGUCCUGGGCGGAGGUGGAGGACAAGCUCCGGGCCACACUGGAGGAUCGUCAGGUGCCCAGCGAGGCCAAAGAGGCCUGUGUCUGGGGCAGCCUGGCCCUGGGCGUGCGCUUUGCCCACAGGCAGAGCCAGUUUUACACGCACAAGGUGCAGUGGCUGCAAGACUUCACCGAACUGCACAGGUCGGCCGCGGAGGCCUUGGUCUCAGACCUGAAGUUGCUCAAGGCACAGCAGGAGGUGGAGCGCAAGGAGGCGGCCUUCCUGCUGCAGCUAGCCCAUGCCAGGCUGGCGGAGGUGCAGAGAGAGCGGGACCUCCUGAAGUGGGAGCUGGCGCAGGCAUCCCGUUCGCUGCUGCGCCACCCCCGCCACCACCACCCCCCCCCGCCCCCAGAACAGGUGUCAGAUCUGCUCACUUCUCUCCAGGAGCUGGUUGCAAAGGGACCAGGCCUGGCCACUGCCAGUGGGACCGGGGCAGAAGGAGCAGGUGAGGAGGAAGAGGAGGCAGGGGCCACUGCUCCUACUGCAGCCGCUUUUGGAGCCACAGAAGGAGGAGGAAGACAGAAGGGUGUGGAAUGGUCAGAAGCUGCCGAGGGAGCAGAGGAGCUGCGCGGAGACCUUAUGCAGCUUCCCGGAGUUGGGAACCAGAAAAUUUACACCUUUGGUGGGCAGAGGGAGGGAGAUCUCAGGUCCGUGGGCCCACCCAUGCUUUAUUUAUAUGGGAUAGCAAAGUCCGGGUCCACAGCCUCACAGGAACCCCCUCCUGUCCAGCUCCCUGCCUCAUUCCCAUCCUCACACUCACGCCCCUUAUUCUCCUUCCCAGACGCACCCACACCAUCCCCACCAGCAGCGCCGUUCACAGCAGGAGCUCCAUCUCAGAGGUCUCCCCGCUGGGGGCCCUCUGAUUCUAGCCUGCGGUCUGAUGUGGGGGGCCAGGGAAUGGGCCCUCAAGAACCACAAAGAGACGGGAGGGACUCUGAUUCCCACCAGCAGGGGACACCUCCAGUACUUCGAAGGCCAACAGGCUGCCCUUGGUGUAAAGUGAAUUUUUCAGGGCAGAAAACUUGCUUCCACUGUGGGAGGGGAAUCUGGCUAUAA